GACUCGCGCUCGCACCAGCCGCCAUCCGCCACCUUUGAGAGGCGCAAAUUCCUUCCUGCUCAUCUCUCCUCGUUGCUUCCAUCCUGAAGAUUUCUCUGUCUCUCUGUCUUUGUCUUCUCUUCUUCCUUCUCUCUCUCUCUCUCUCUCCCUCUUUCUGUCUCUGGCUUCUCGCCAGCCAUAGUAACCCUCGGCCGGUCACUCGUCGCUCGGAUCCAUGGCGCAGCAGGCACAGUCUCCUCCGUCUCAGUGGCAGCCGCCGCAGCGGUACCCCGCGGGCGGACCGGUGCCUGCGCAGGCCUUUCCACGCUCCGGCUCCUAUUCUUCCGGGUCGACUGACCCAUCGAAUGCCACUGCCAACGCCACCAGCAGCUGGCGGCAGUCGCAGCCGUUUCCGACGACGCAGCAGCAGCAGCAGCAGCAGCAGCAGCAUACAGAUGACACCAGCUUCUCGUCGUCGAACCGGUUCCGACCGACGUCCUCGUCUGGCUCGACGGGUGCCGGGAGCGUCGGUCAAGUCGCUGGCAAUGGUUUCUCGCAGCAGCCACCCGCGCAAAAGGCUGACGGGCAGCAGCAGCAGCAGCAGCAUGUCCACAAGCGGACCCAGUCGCUCAGACCAAUGUCGGCCUUCCAACCGCUGGAAAACCCCGAAGGCCCUUAUUCGCCCGGAUCGCCAAGCGCAGGCGGCGCAAGGCCUGCCAGUCCGACGGGAUCGACGACGAGGAGCAUCCGCACGGCCGCAGCGCCCCUCACGUUCAAGUCGCCCGAGCUGCGGAGCGCACUGGCGUUGCAGGACGCCCAGUCGCGCAAGAUCUACAUGGAGGGCUACCUCUCCCGGCGCGACCACCUCACGCCCGAGGGAAAGCCGCUACACAUUGGCGACCCAAAGAAGCGCUGGCACCUCUGCUUUGUCCAGCUCUCCGGCACCGUCCUGAGCGUGUGGAGCGUGCAGCAGAUGGAGGAGGCCGCCCGUGCCGGCAAGGAGGUCCCACCGUCAUACAUCAACGUCACUGACUGCUUCGUCGACUAUGUGGGCACCAUUACCGAGUCGCCGCAGGACGUGCCCGGGACCAGGGGACGGUACGAGAAUGUGUUUGCCAUCAACACGGCGGGCCAGAAUCGCAUCCUCUUUGGCGUCGAGGGCAGCGUCGGACGCAGGCUGGUCCAGGCCUGGGUCAAUGGCAUCCGUCUGGCCUCGUGGGAAAAGGUGCGGCUCGAGGAGAUCUACACGGGUGCCCUCAUUCGCGUCCGCCUGGGUGCGGUGGGCAAUGCCCAGCAGGUCAAUGCCGCCGCCACCUCUGGCCCAGGCGGCUCACCGGGCAACAUGGAAAUGUCCGUCAAGAGCCCACUGGCAAAGGGCAAAAUGGAGGGAUGGGUCAAGGCCCGCUUCAUGGGCUCGACCGAGUGGCGCAAGUGCUGGCUCGUCCUCACCGACACGGGCGCCUCUCCCCCCGCCGGCAGUGCUGCGGGCACCGACGACGGCGGCGCCAGCGAUGCCGCCUCGACGACGCAGAGCACCAAGAAGGAGUCCUUUUGGAGCAAGCUCAAGGCCGGCGACCGCAGCAGCAUCAUUGGCUCGCCCUCGACACCCUCCACCGUCGACACGGGCGUCAAGGACAUUGAGGUGCCCCCGGGAAGCAACGGAGCGCCCGGCCUGGCGUGCUUCUAUGAGACCAAAAAGACAAAGAAGCCGUUUGCUAGCCUCGCCUACGCCUCCCACGCCUUUGCCGUCUACCCAUCCAGGCCGGAGCUCGUCGAGGGCAGCAGUCUGUUCAAGGUCGAGGGCGCCUUUCCGCUGAGCCAGACGAUCAGCGCCACCAACCGCGUCCGUCAGUCGGGCUGGGUCAUGGUCAUGCCCGAACUCGAGGGCCAGGGCAACAAGGGAGCCAAUGCCGAGAUGAUGAAGUGGACCGUGGCCUUUAUGGAUGCCUUUAAGCUCUAUGGCAGACCGGGUGCCUUUGACUGGGAUGCCCGCAGCCCUGCCUCGCCCUUCUUUGCCUACCCCAUUGGGCCUUACAAGGACCGGCUGUUCCUCGAUCGCGAGCUGGCCGAGUUUCUCGACAUUCGCGAGGAGCGACACCUGGCCAACAGGAGCAACCUCCAUGGCAUCAUGGCAGCUCGCAUGCGUGGAGAGCGGACACCGGUGCUGCCUGCGCUUCCCCAGCCAAACGUCGAGAGCACCAGGGGCCUCAAUGGGCCGCGCACAGAGGGAGCAGAGAAAGACGAGCAGCAGCAGCAGCAGCCUCAAGCGGCCUUUGCAGCACCUGCUUCUGGCCAGGGAGCCCAUGUCAGCUCUCUGCCGCCACUCAACUUUGGCUCGGAGAACGGCGACACGGGCAGAGAGCCGGAGGCGCCUGCUCGCCGGGCCACGGGAGGACCAGGCGCGCUCGAUGCCAUUGGGGAACGGAGCAGGGAGGGAAGUGCAGUGACUUCGAUGACGUCGCCCAGCACUGCCCUUCCCUCGGCCGGUGCGUCUGCCGCCGGCGUUGGCGCCGCAGCGGCAGCUGCUGCUGCCUACGCAAACGGCCACAGCCACGGCCCCGGCGGCGCGCCUGCUGCAUCUGCUGCUCCCGCGCCUGCGUCUGCGUCUGCCUCGUCCCUUGCACAUGCGCGUUCACGUGUCGAAGACGAAGAGCCGAGAUUCAGGACGGAGUCGCCGUUGGAAAACAAGCCGCUGCCGCUUCCCGUCGCUGCUUCUUCCUCCUCCUCGACUUCAUCGCGAACGGGCCCGCCGCCACCAACAACAGCAACAACAACAACCGGGCAAAACUUGGCGACGUCGGCAGCUGCACCCCCUGCGCCGCCAUCGGUCUCAUCCACCCAGACUCAGACACCUGCACCGGCACCGGCACCAGCCCCUGCCCUGGCACAGUCUGCGCAGCCUGCGCAGUCACUGCCGCCACCUAUCCAGACGUCGGCGGCCGCUCGCGCACCGUCGCAGUACGUCUCGCCGCCACAGCAGCCCAAGGUCCUCGAGGCCUCUGGACGCGGUGCAGAGGCCACCUCGAGCAGCACCCAAACGAACCCGGUCGCCACUGCCGACCGCGGCGUUGGCGCAAGCCUGGCGAGAAGAGACUCGGACCCGUACAACAUCUCGUACGACGAAGGCGCCCUCUUCUUCAUCAACUCGAUGAGUGACCAGCUACCCGCCGUCUCGUCUGCACCUGCCCCUGCCCCUGCCCCUGCAGCUCCCGUGCAGCAGACUCAGGCGUCGCGAGCGAGCACCGACGUCGCCUCUGCUUCGGCACGCGAGCCCAGCACUGCAUCGUCUGCCGCCACCCACGACGCUCAACGUACAGCACAGCCACAAGUGCAGUCCUCUGCUGCUGGCCCGGGUGCUUCUGCACCGGCGUCGCAGAACCAGAACCAUCUCGAGGGAGACGCCAUGGCGGCCUACUCCUUCCUCGACAAGCCGCCUUCCCCUGCCGUCAAGUCGCGGUCUCUGCAAGAGCACCAGGAGGGUGCCACCGCUCCUCCUGCUUCUGCUUCUGCUCCUGCUCCUGCUUCUGCCGCUGCUGUGCCUCCCGCAGCAGCCUUUCCCUCGACGUUUGGCGGCAACAAAAAGGCCCAGGAACGCAAGAUGGCAGCCCAGGCCCAGCAACAGGCUCACCAAGAGGCCCUCGCCAAGCCCGGCCGUCCUGGCGGUAAAAAGCCAAAGGGCAUGCGUCCUGCGGGCAACGGCCGCCAGGCCUACGCAUCGAGCGACGAAGACGAAGACGAGGAAGAGGAAGACGAGGAGCAGGAAGAGGAGAGCAAGGAAGACGACGCUCACAGCCGCCUUGCCAGCCAGCAGACGACGACGUCGAUGGGCGAGCGCACGUCGUCGUUUGGUCCCAGUGCCUCUGUGUCGAGCAUGCCGCCCAGCGCAUCCAUGUAUGGCAUGCCCCUGCAGCAGCAGCAGCAGUAUCAGCAGCAACAGCCGCAAUCGCAUUUCCGCGCAGGCUCCAACUCGUCGCCUAGCGGAUCGCAGAUUGCCACGACGACGCAGCAGCAGCAGCAGCAGCAGCAGCAGCACGCGCCCCGAGGAGCACCGCACCCGUCGCAGCGCCAGACUGUCUUCAACUCUCACCUCGGUGCCGGCCAUGACAACUCGCGAGGCAGCAGCCCGCGGCCAGCAGUCGAUGCCUACUACAACAACAGCCCCGACUCGAACCAAGGCCAGGGCCAGGGACAGGGACAGGGACAGGGACAGGGACAGGGUCUCAUGGGACGCUCGACGUUUGUCAACCUAGGCGACGACGAGCAGCCGGGUGCGAUGACGGCCGUGUUCCAGCCCCACGGCCUGCUCCAGGCCGGCGCGCAAGAUAAAGCCGAGCGCUCAGCCAAGCAGCAGGAGUCCGACGCCCGCGCCAUGGGCUCGCACAUGGUCAGUGUCGACCGCAAGCCCGGCCCACCGCAGGCUGGCCUGCUCGGCGCCAUCACGGCCCACGAACGCGACCGCAAGAAGGAAGGCGGGCUCGGCGCCACGCUGACGGAGCGCGAGCGCGAGCGCGUCCUCGCUGAGCGUCGACAGCGCGAGGAGGACGCGGCGAUGCGGCAGCAGAUGAUGGCGAUGCAGCAGCAACAGCAACAGCAGCAGCAGCACGGCGGCAUGAUGCCCUUCAACCCGAUGAUUUGGCAGCAGAUGCAGAUGAUGGGCAUGAUGAACCCCGCUGCCAUGUAUGGAGGCGGCUCCCAGAUCGGCCACGGUGGAGGCAGCCCUCCUCCUGCCGAUGCGGCGGCGGCGCAGCAGCAGGCCAUGCAGGCCAUGCAGGCCCAGAUGAUGGCUGCCCAGGCCGCCCAGCAGGCCUACAUGCAGGCCAUGUCGCAGCACGGCGGUGGCUCCAUGAUUGGCGGCGACGGCGGCGGCGGCGGCAGUCGGCCCAUGUCACCCCCCAUGGGCAUGCCGCCCUCCUCGAGCAUGGGCAUGCCGGGCAUGGGCAUGGGCAUGGGCAUGAUGGCCUCGCCCUCGUUCAACCCGUACAUGUCCAUGUACGGCGCCCCGCCCAUGGGCUUUCCCGGCUGGAUGUCGCCCUCCCAAGCGCCCGGCUCUGAACUCGGUGGCGCCUAUCCCCAACAGCAGCAGCAGCAGCAGCACGGCGCAGCGAGCCCAAGAGCACGCGGCCGCGAGGGCUCCUCGUCGGAGCGACCGCCCCUUUCGAGAUGAUGAUACUCUUUCUCUCUCUUUCUUUUCCUUUUCCUCAUCGCACUCCCUCCUCCUCCUCUAUCUCCCUCUUUCGCAGAAAAUACUUGGCAGAGUCAGACGAAGGCUUCUCCUGUCCAUUCCGUACGUGUGUACCCCCCACCCUCUUUCUCUCUUUGCGAGUCGCGUCCAGUCCCUCUCGUUCUCUCUCUCUUCUCACUCUCUCGCUGAAAUUAGAAUCUGAAACGGAAAGAAAAAUGCGCAGCAGGAUGUUCUAAAGCAGUAGAUUGG